UGCAGGAGUCUCCUUUAAAAAGAAAAAAAAAAAGUCUCAGAGCGUCACCGGGAUGCGGCUGCGGGUGCCGGGCUGCUGAACCUACCGUCCCCCGCUUCUGAGACCACCACCACCACCCCCUUCACCGGGAAGGACCACUAAAGAUGGCAUCGCCCUCGAACCCAAACCACUCAGAGCCGCAGGACCGGCGCUUCUUGAUGCUGUUCGACUUCGACGAGACCAUCAUCAGUGAGAACAGCGACGACGCCGCGGUGAGUGUCCUGCCCGGCCAGCAGCUUCCCGCCUGGCUCAUAAACAGCUACCGGGAGGGGCACUACCACGAGUUCUCAGCCAAGAUCAUGGCCUACAUAGGAGACCAGGGCGUGACCAAGGAAUCCAUCCAGGCAGCCAUAGAGAAGAUCCCGCCCAACCCUGGGUUUGUCGACCUCUUCCGGUACCUGCAGAGCCAUCAGCAAGACUUUGAAAUGGUGGUGGUCUCUGAUGCCAACACGUAUUUUAUAGAGACGUGGCUGGAGCACGCGGGGGUGCGGCAGCUUUUCAGGAAGAUCUUCACGAACCCGUCCCACUUUGACGCGGCGGGCCGCCUCGUGCUCCGUCCUUUCCACUCGCACUCCUGCCCACGCUGCCCCGAAAACAUGUGCAAGCAGGCGAUCCUUCAAGAGUACGUGGCGGUGCGGGAAAAGGAGCGCGGUGGCGUUGGUUUCCAGAGGGUGUUUUAUGUCGGCGACGGGUCCAACGACGUGUGCCCCACUCAGGCCCUGGGAGCCCAGGACACCGCCUUCGCCAGGAGGGACUACCCCAUGCACAGGCUGCUGCUGGAGAUGCAGCAGUCCCAGUCUGCCAAGUUCAAGGCAAACCUAGUUCCCUGGGCCUCCGGGGCGGAUAUAGCGGACUGUCUGGACAAAAUAAUAAGGGAGACUUGAAUUUCGUUCUUUAUUUUUUUUUUUUACGUUGGGUUAAGGGGGGAAAGGGAACCCCACUGGGGCAGUUUAGAAAGACAAGCAACAAUUGCAUUCAGCCUAGCCUAAUAUGGAGGGCAAUUUUCAGCAAAUUUAGAUGAUAACCAAUAUAUACAGUAUAGGAAACCAACAGGAAGUUGCUUGUUUUUUAAAAUUAACAUUAUCGAUAAGGGAAACAUGCACCUUUUUAUCAUUAGCUUUAGGUUCUCAAAAUACUUGAAAAAAAAAUGUAACUAAAGGGAAAUCGGGUGUGCUUAAAUCACUUUAUUUUACAAAAUAUCCACCCAUGUAUGAAGGUAGUUCCACGUGGAAAUGGUUUCAUGUCUGACAGUUUUUAGCAAACUUCCCCAGUUCAACGGCCUGUUUGUUGAAGGCUUGACGAUGGACACGCGCGUCGGACGAGGCGAGGGAGAAAAGGCGACACGUGUCGUAUCGGGCAGGGACACAGACAGCACAGGGUAGCGAUAAGGUUGCAGAUACUCAGGCGCACGGCCUGAUAUCUAAUCUGGGGAUUGAUUUUACUGCAGUAAUCUACACCAGCGCAUAAUACAACAGGAGCGCUGAAAGGAUCCGCUGCCUCUCUGCUCUAACGUCACACCCAGCGAAACGACGACGCUUAAUGAAAAGGAAAAGUACAAAGUUUAGGUAUUUCAAUCUAUUUGUAGGUAUUAUAUAAAGCAAUAAUUAUUGGUACCCUCGUAGGAAUGUGUAAAAAUCCUUAAAGUAUAAUAAUUUAUUGUACCGGAAUCAUAAUCUCAUACUGAAAACUUUAAAAAAACAAACACUUUUUCUUCCUAUGAAAUAAAUGUGACUGGAGCAUUUAUUUUCUUUGUUUUGAAAGGUGAUCAGGUUUCUAAGAACUUUUAAUUAGUAAUCUAUAACUUGCUGUUCUCUUUGGGUAUAAACAUGACACAGAAUCCCAAUUAUCUUAACCACUCUUCAAAAUGGGAAAGACAAACAAACAUGCCAUUGAUGUAAGAUAGAUGUGUGGAUCUUUAUAGGUCUACUCACCUAAAUCACCCAUAUGUGCAAAUUUUAAAUAUGCAUAUUUAAAGCAAAGUAGUGAAUAGGUUUGGAUGUGGCAUCUAGGCUCUAACCUCAUCACUCCCUGUCCAUGUUGCUCAACAUGUCAGGAGGUGAUGAGCAUCCUAACCCUCUAAAACAUUUAUUUUAUCAUGCUAGGGAAUUAGGAGAUCAACUAUCCGUAUUUGGACACUUUUAUUUAAAAAAGAGUGGAUUAUCUUUCUGAAGAUAAACUGUAAAUGCACCAACAUAAUUCCGGAAACUGUAAAAACAGUAUUAGAGUUUAAGGAGCAAUACGUAAUAUUGACACCUAGUGUUUCAAAACGGAACAACACGUACACAACAACCAGCCAUUUCCUCAGCGGUGCGUUGCUGCUGUGAAACACCACUGAAUUUUUACUUACACAGAACAGGUAUAUGGUGUAUUCUGUUCUAUUUCUGGUCCGCUUCUCUUACUGGCUUUUAUGUUUGCAGGCCGAUGGUCUUUUGUCAACAUAAAACACCAAAUGCUGCGCUCUGUUUUGGCAAACCCUGGGAACUCUCAUAUGAUUGGCUCAGGAACCAGGAAGUAAAAAUGGGCUACAGUUCCAGACCCUCUAGGUUUUAAAAGGAGAAAAAGUUGAAUAAGACAUUUUUGAUGCAAAGCAAUGAUUGUUUAUAGGGAAUAUUACUUCCAUCCCAGGUGAGAAAUAAAAAUGAUUUUGGUUAAUUUUGUAAUAAAUUUCUUAGUCAUUGCUCCUUUAAAAAUAAUAUAUUCAAUACACAAUGGAAAAAACAUCAGGAAAUAUGGAUAAUCUUAAAUAGAAAAUGAAAUGCUUUGAGCUUGAGAAUUUAAAUAAUAAAAUAUACACAGUGGAGUGAACUGAAUUAGGGCUUCCAGUUAUUAUGGCCCGGGGAUUUAGUUUAAAACUAUAAUUUCUUAAAGUGGGAUUUUACAAAGUCUCAUCUCAUAAUCAGAUUUUUUUAGACGUUGAAUUUAUAACACUGAAUUUUUUAACAUGUGAAAUGAUACAUGUGGUUUUUAUUUUACUUUACAUUUGCCAGAAAAAACGUCACCUGCUAAAAUUGGCCAGCAAAAAUUCAGCUGCAAGAACUCUCCUGCAAAAUUUCACCUGCAAAUUUUUAUUCUAUUUUUUUUUUAAAUCAGCUGCAAUGAUUUGCCUGCAAAAAUUCAUCUGCAAAUGUGUUGACCUUCUGGUGACUCAAACCAAAGCAAUCAGCACUAGAUAGGGUGGAACGGCUUUUAAUCAGUCAAAUUACGCUCAUGUCAUCUUGUGACACACCAGUGGUGAGUGCGUUUACCAUUCUUUUACCAGUUAGUCACAAAAGAGCUAAUUGUUAAGAGACUCACCUUUGCCCGUCUCACAGAUGUGUCAUAUGAUCAAAUGAACGCUAUUUGAUCGGCUAAAAGCCACUUGACUCUGUCUAGCACUGAUUGCUUUGCCUUGAGUCAACAGAAAGUUGCAAAUUUUUUGCAGGUGUAUUUGUGCAGGUAAGAUUGUUGCUGGAGGAUUUAAAGUAAAAAAAAGAAAAAAAGAAUGACAUACAAAAUUGCACACAAUAAAAAUUAUAAAUUUCUGAGUCUAAUUAAACUAUAUUUCUUCCAUAUUUUGAGGGUUUACACACAUCUUUACCAGGGUGCCAACAUUUCUUUGAAAUUAAUAGUUUUGCACUGUCAGCUCAAGAAUUAUUUUUAAUAUAUUGUUUUGUUUCAUUAAGUCAGCAUCUAACCUCACCAAUCUCCAUAAUUAGUAAGGAAAUCCUUUUACAAAUACUAAAAUAACAGGUCGGAUUUUUAGUGUUUCAAAACCAUGUUAAAAAUCUGACAAAAGGCUAGGCAAAUUUAUUUGUAUUGCACAAUUCAGUACAGAGACAAUGCAAAGUGCUUUACAUGAUUCAGAAGGGGGCAUUGUUUUGUUUUUGCUUUGUUUAUGACAGUAUUGCAGAAUGUUGGUGCCAUUAGGUUUCGACAGAAUGAUUAUUGCACAUUUAUGCUUGAUAUUAAUUUAUUACAUUUAGCAUUUCUCAUAUUAUCAACAUCAUACCACUAUUAUUUUAUUUAAUACCAUGCUGUGGAAUAGUUAUGUACUAAUUAUUAGGAGAAAUCUGGUAAAAUGAACUAAUUAAAUAUAAUCCCAGAUCAGCCAUAACAUUAUGACCAAUAAAAGGUCAAGGAAGGACCCCCAUGGUCCUCUAGGUUGUCCUGUGGGCCCUGUGGAUUAUGGGAAAGCGUCUCUCUGCUGAUGGGGACGGAUUCCUGCAGAUGUAAUCACAUCCCAACUCAUUUGUCUUUGCUUUUUUUUUUUUUUUCGCUGCCAUUAUUGCAGCCUGAGUAGUCCUCAGAAAUGUUAAGCCAGGCAGCAAGGAUCAAAGUAACGUCCAGCUAAAUGCCAGAUAGCCCAGCUCAAUAGUGUCCCAUAAAAACAUGAGUUAUAUGAUAUUUUGCUGAGCUGUAGUCAUAAUGUUAUAUGGCCGAUUGCUUUGUAGCCUUAAAAAUCAAUGUAAUGCUGUUAGGAGUAUUAGAAAAUGUCCUUUAACGUGUGUAGUUCCUCAGGGAGAAGAAAAUGAAAAUAGGCAAAAAUAAUAGUGACAGUUAAAAUCAGAUGUUAACAUGUGAUUAUAGAAAAAUACACUUUUUUUCUUACCGUCUUACAUUAAAGCAGAAUAAAUGUUCCCUGUUUUAGGUCAGUUUAGAUUACCAAAAAUAAUUUAUAUUUCCCAAAUGCCAGAAUAAUACGAAAAAGUAUCUGUUAUCAUUCUUUUUCAAUUUACAAAUUUACAAACUGUAGGAUUAAAAUGUAUAGAAGCAGUUUUGGCAAUGCUCAAAUGAUGAUGUCUGGGUUUGUAAGCUUCUGAUUUAUAUUAAGGAUAUUAAGGAGAACAUUUUUGGAACUUCAUAAAUUUGGUUCAUCCUUGGGUACAGUUUCCAAAUGUUAGAAAAUGCCAUUUUCAUCUGUUCAAACAAUUGUAUCCAAAAAAGAGUGGGAUUGUCCACCUAUAAUACCCUUCAAGAAGGGGACGGGUUCUGUGUCUUACAUGAUGUUUUGGUCCAAAAUGCACAACCUUACGCGAGCUUUUGAAGAUGCUGGCUGAAGCUGGUAAAAUAGUGUCAUUCUUUACCGUGAAAUGACUUCUUCACUGACAUGGGCUGAAAAAAAGACACUCCACAGUUUGCAGAAGAAGAAAAAAAAAUGGAGCUUUGCCAAAACGACCAUCAUUACAUUUGAAAUAAAAAGAGGAAGGGUUCAGAGCUGGCAGCAUCAUGUUGUGGGCUGACUUUGAAGAAAGUAUUAAUCUCAAAUUAUUAUUUCUGAUAAUCCUGACUUUGAAAAAGGGCUAGUUUAUUCCAAUUUAAUGUCAGACGGUAAGAAAAAUAGAUUAGCUGUCCUUUAUGUAAACAAACAUGUUUGAUAUAUAAAAACUUGUGUUUUUGCACUGUCACAACUGCAGUUCUAACAAAAUAAAAGUUUUUGUGACUAAAAAAAAAGACGAGGUUUAAUCAACUAAGCUCAAGAAUAAACCUGGUAUUGUUUGAGAUCAAAUCUUAUGUAUGCUUCUAAGAUCUGAGUCUACCUUUGUGUGACGCUAUGAUUCCUAAGAAUUUACCAACUUAGAGUAAUUUAACCGCUACCCGUAGCUUUUUUGUGUGCAAUAAUUAAGUGUUAUGAACUUGAUGUGCAAAGAAACAAUCAGGAGGAAAACGUGACAACCUUACACUUUCAGGGAAGCAUAUCAAGUCCAGAUCGGCAGUGUUUUCAGUGAGUCCCGUUAACAAACCGCCAAAUGAAAAUCUGUUGUUUUUAAUCUCCUCUGACGAUGUGCUACCCUUUUCAUGUUGUGUAGUUUGCGGUACACUGUGGGUUUUUGUGUGUGUGUUUGAUCAAGGACCUUAACACAAUGUGUAAAUGCAUCAUUGUAACAGGAAUAUAAAGCCAUUCAUUAUCAGACA